GGAAACUACUCAUAAAUUGGUUGGCCUAGGUUAAGGACGACUGAAAAAAAUUCCAGAAAUGUUAGAAACGAAACGCUGUCGAGGCGAGUGUUGAAUUCUUACACAAACAAUCUGUGAUUUACUUGUCCAUAGAACAGUGUUGCUGAGGUGCCAGAAUCUUUGAGCAUUGUUUAGUUACCACAUCUGCUGGUAGUGAAAGAAAAAGAUUAGCAAUGUAUGAUGUCAUCGUGUUGAAAGAAGGCUAUAACAUUCCAGAGUCCCAGGGUACUCUGAGAGCAUGUGGCAGCAUCACAUUGUUGAAAGGGCCAAAGUACAACAUCAUAGUGGAUACAGGCAAUCCAUGGGAUAAGGACAUUAUACUUACAGGCCUAACCUCACAAUCUCUAAAACCUGAUGACAUCCAUUAUGUCAUUUGUACACACGGUCACUCUGACCACGUUGGCAACCUCAGUCUCUUCCCUCAAGCUGUGCAGUGUGUGGGCUAUGAUAUCUACAAGAGGGACCAGUACUUGCUGCAUGAGUUUAAAGAGGGAAUUCCUUAUGAAAUUGACAAUGAUGUAGAAAUCUGGCCAACACCAGGCCACACUGGCAGCGAUGUGUCUGUGUUGGUCAAGCACACAAACCUAGGAGUCGUUGCUGUUGUCGGAGACCUGUUUGAAUGUGAGGCUGACCUGGACUGCCCCGGCCUGUGGCAGGAGAACAGUGAGCGCCCCCACCUGCAGGAACAGAGUCGCAUCCACAUCUUGAGUACAGCAGAUUACAUCAUACCUGGCCACGGCACCAUGUUCCAGGUGCCGCCGGAGUACAAGAAACAGAUGCGCGUGGUGAUGCUGAUGGAGGAACACUACAGCUCGGCCGCCAUGAGCAGUUCAAGGACUGAAUCUGGGGAUGAAGAGGGUGCGACCUCCCGUGUCACCGCGACCUUGUAGGUAGAUACUGGACCAUACCUGACCUGAAUAAACCAAGAAACUAAGCAAUCACCCGGUCUGUCACCCGGUCAUCCUAUCCAGUCAUCCAUCCAGUCAGCCUAUCCAUUCUUCCAGAGAAGUCAGCCACCAACAGGAUGUUAUCAAGCUGCUUGUGAAAAACUAGUUCUGUGGAGUUCUGUGUUGUUUUCAGAUCUUCGCUUUAAUUUAAAUGCAUGUUCUAUGAGUGUGGCCUAAUCCAUGAAGAUGGUGAUGUAUCUUUUGGUCUUGCCUUGUGCUUUUGUUAUUUUGAAUGUUCCCUCAGGUACCAGCAGCCCCCCCCCCCCCCCGACAUAGUGACAUACACGUAGCUGACAUCUAACCUGCCAAACCUGCACUGACACUGUUGUCACUGACACUAGCUGUUGUUGACAUCUGACACUGGCAGGCUCAGUGGUGAUACUAAAUGACAGAUGUCAGAGAAACAAAUGCCAACAUUCAUGUCAUCAUGACAUGUUUAUGUACAAAAAUGUUUUUUUCCAUUUGAUCUUCCAUUCAUUUAACCCCCCCCCUGGCUAGUGAAAGUACAUAUGUUAGUGUUGUUGGUUUAACAUUCAUUUCAUGCUUGGUUAAACUAUCUUAUAACUCUAGCGUCACUCAAAGGUUUGUUUGUAUGAAGGUUUUGUGCCAUUGGGAAGACUGAUAAUGGCUAUGCCAAUAGCUGUGUCUAAUAACUAUAUGAGCUUUUGCCAAUGUCUCAUUGUGUCAAUAGCUAUGUCUGAUUGUGUCAAUAGCUAUAUUGUGCCACCAGCUAUAUCUGAGUGUGUCAAUAGCUAUAUUGUGCCACCAGCUAUAUCUGAUUGUGUCAAUAGCUAUAUCUGAUUGUGUCAAUAGCUAUAUAUGAUUGUGCCACCAACUGUAUCUGAUUGUGUCAAAUAUAAAAGUGUGAGACUGCCUAUGUCUGUUAUAGAAUACCAGCUGAACUGUUGCCCUCUCCCUAAUGUGAAGUUAGCUAGCUCAGAUUUUGUCAACAUAACAUGAAUAUGUUUGUCAUAUUAUUAAAGUAUGCCAUUUUUA